AUGGCCGGGCUUCCAUUAAGAGUAGGGAGGAGCCUGAAAAUCCGAAGAGGGCAGUUCCCCAAUUCACGCAGCUUGAGCUCGUGCAGCAAGGGUGAAGCAUAUCAGCGGAAUGGCAUAAAUGUGCAGCACACAUACCGGGAGAGUGACGUGUACAGGCAGUACGAUCACCUUCUGAACAUAGGAAGGAAAACCCCAGAACAGGUAAUAAAACUGUUGACCGAUAUAAGUAGGGAGAGGAAGUGUGACGCAGAAGUGGUGAAGACGAUUACCAAUCAUCUGUACGAUUUUUGUGAAGACUUUUUUCCACCUCAGUUGGUUAAAAUAUUAGAAAUCUACGCCAAGUUAAAAUACUCAAAUGAAACCUUACUUGGAGUUGUCUGCAACAGAGUGAAUGACCUAAUCAAUAUCAGGUCUUGUCUAAGGGUAAAAAUAAUGACAAACAUUUACAAGCAAUUAAAUCUCCACCACCCUGUUGUCAAAUCACCACUUAUAUCUCAGCUGAAUAGAAACAUAAAUGAUUACAAAAAUGAGUUGGUUUCUAUAGUUAAAAAUAUAUCGUACCUGUAUGUAGAUGCAGAUACCUCUGCCAAUAUUAUAAACAGAAUUUUAACCAAUUACGAUUAUUACGAUAAAGAUGGGUUCACAAUACUUGAGGCGUGCAGUAGGUUGGAUGACCCCCAUGAAGUACUGAUUGAGUUGGUGAACAGGAAAGUGAAGGAAUUACAUACCAAUGGCAACAGUUGCAGGUUCAAAGAUUUUGUAAAAUUUUUAAGUGCAUAUAGAAGACUAGGGUUAAAGGAGAACACAUAUAUACAUACCCAGUUUGAGAAAAAAAUUAAUAACAUCAAAUUGUUGCCUCCAGAAAAUAUCUCCUAUGUGCUACUCUUAUUGUUAUCGUCCAAAAUUAGACAUGAAGGAUUAUUCGACUUGGUUAUCAUCAAUAUAGAAAAUUUCGUGAACAAUAAAAAUGAGCAGUUAUCUUUGGAAGAGAAAAAUUUGUAUGCCAUCCCCCAGGGGAAGAAGUGUGAUGGGGAAAACUCACACAAGGAGCAUACCCGGCGCAACACUUACAAUCCAUAUAUUCUUCACUUCUUGCCUUUCCACCUGCUAUUACUAACGCUCCUAAAUUAUGGGGAGAAAAGUACACUUAAGCAUCUGCUAAAUCUUUGUGUCCUCGAUUACCUACAUUUGUACGAUACAUCAUCUUUAAUUAAGCUUCUGCAUGUGUGCACACUCCUUUCCAUGGACGGAGAAGAGACAAAUAAAAAAGCACACAUACAUGAGCUGGAAGAAACUGCACAGGAAAUUUUCUUGGCCCUUCAGCAUGUGUAUAAAAGCGCCACAAUCAAUGAAAUGAAAAUCUUAUACGACUGUUUUUUAUAUCACCAAAAGCUUGUCGAAAAAAAUUCCAAGUUGGUCAAGUUACACGAUGAGCUGUUGCACACAGAAUGCCUAUCCCUUUUACCAUCCUCUUAUGAUAAUUUAAAUUUUGAAAAUUUAAAAAUAAUCAGGUGUGCUAGUUCGUCUUACUUGCAGGAGAAAAUUAAUAAUAAAAUUUAUUUUUACCUCAACAGGAAUGAUUUUUUUUCCUCUGAUGAGUGCGGAUACGAGAACUUGUUACUUAGCGUAAAGUUGCGUGCGAACAUUUUGCGCAAAAAGUAUGAGGGGAUCCACACUGUGGAAAUGGUCUACCCUGGGGUAGCAACAGAGAGUGGACACAUAUCUCAAGGGUAA